AUGCUGAAUAUCCGAAAUCCCGGAGCUAUUCGUCAACCAGAAGAAGAUAAGGGCAAAGAAUUGCUGGAAAUGGAUCUGAAUAUAGUUCUCGACAAGUCUUCCAUAAUAUCACAACAUUUGCCAAAACUGUGUUCAGAGGCCGCGAACCAAACGUUCACUCGAGAAAUCGAUUUACGAUUUUGGGCCAACACUGGAGUCGUGAAUCGGGACAUAAUAGCGUUGACAUCGUCUGUGCACAAGUCGGCCGCCUCUACACCCGUCCAAAGUUGUCCAGUGAUGAGUGAGACGGAAACGGAUCCGUGUGUUUGUCACCUGCAGAUGUGUGUCGCGUGGUAUCCGUGCGCUCUCAAGUACUGCAAGACCAAAGACGGCAAUACAUCCAAACUGCAGACCUAUCGGUGCGGUAUUAAAACGUGUCGCAAGUGUCGAGACUUUCAAUUUCACUCGCCGUUCAGGAAAAACUGUUUAUGGGAUUAAAAGGCAAAACACAAUACAUAUAUUUUAUAUAUUUUUCUCGUCGAUCGUGUGUUGUUAACAGUAAUUUCAUUUCGUGUGUUUCCGACGCCGUUAUUAUUAUAGUUUUAUUUUAGAGAUUGAAUUUAAUGGACAUCUCUAUCGGUUGUGUUGCUAUUUAUUUAUUGAUUUUUGAUGGAAACAAAUGUGUUGUGAAAAGCAAAUCAAAUUGUAUUGUAUUCUCAGCUAAUAGUAUUGGAUAUGAAUUGUAAUGAUAUUAAUAUUAUUUUUCUCGUCGACGAGUUUACUCUCGCAGUGACUGACAAACACACACUCUAUACGCUCGCGACGUGUCAUAAGUGCUGCCAAAAAAACUUUAUAUUACAUCAAACUUACAGUUAUGUGAGAAUUAAAUGAUAUGAAAAUAUAUUUAUAAAAUACUAAAUAUAUAUAAAUAUAAAUGUAUAUUUAUUCUAGUUAUAUAAUAGACACACAGAUAUAUAACAGUGUAUAUAUGAUUACCAAAAAGACAAGUGACUCCAAAAUGCACUUAUAGUCCAUAAGCUGUUCUUCCAAAAGCAUAAAUCGCUGUAAAAUUUAGAGCAAUUUUUCUAAUUAUACUGAUAUCUAAACAUUAAAUCUUGAAAACACUGUCAGAGAAAUGUAUUUUGAAUUUUUAAGGAUUUACUCUUUAAUAUAAAUGUUAUGAAGAAUUUUAAUUAUAAUUUUU